AUGACUACUAAUACUGCGUUAUUUGAAAAAGUUUAUAAUUUUCUCCGUGAUUCCCCUUUAGAACAUAUCACUGCAGUUUCCAUAGUCAAUCAAGUGAUAGAAGAAGAGCCGUGGUUUCCAAAGGAAGAUUCGAGACAAUUAAUAUAUAAUGCGAUUGUUUCUAUAAAAAAUCUGUAUGGAGAGAAUUCUGGGAAAUAUAAGAAACUCAUUGAAAUUUCGUUUAAGUUUGAUGACGCUUUCGAAGGGGUGUGUAGUCUUCGAGAUAUUGAUUUGGCGAAAUGGGAUGAACAGGUAUCCACUGAGGAGAUUGCAACGAAUUUGCGGAAACUAAAGCUGAAUCUUGGUAAUAGUACAGCCCCAUACGCUAAAAAAUUGCUCAAAUAUCUUAAAAAAAUUAAACCUUCUGACCUUUCAUGGAGAGAUCCUGAAGCAAGUCAAGUAAUUAGUAGCGAUUCAGAAAUUAUACGGCGUUUAUCUGAGGAGGUGGAAGAUGAAUAUAACCAUUAUAUGGAGCCAGUAAAACGUAUGGAGGGAACAACUCCUCUUCGUAUUAAAGAUGUGUGUAAUGGGUUUGUGAUGAGCUAUAAUAAUACCAUGUAUGAGGGGGUGCCUAUUGAGCUUUCACAUGGAAAUUGGGAAGAGUCGGAAGAAGAUAUUGUAGGGAUAGCAUCUGGAAUACUUGAUACAAUAGAAAGUAUUUGGAGAAAUCCAGCGUUUGGGGAGAAGUUCGCAAAAUCUCAAAAUGAAGGGACAUAUGUAACGGAUAUUAUAGUCCCUGUAGUGAAAGCUUCAUUGGAAAAACUACCAAUAAAGAGUUUCGCCUUCAAAAUUCUAAUCGUUAACCUAUCAUUGCUAUUAAAUGCGGAUCGUGGUUUACGUGAAGAUAAAGAAGAUAGUUCGACAGUAUCAUCACCCCCAUAUGACGAUUAG